GGAUACAACAUCUUCUUUUCUUGACCAAAGUGUACCGCAUACUGAUCGCAUUGCUAAGAGCACAUAAACAUAACCGUAGCAUAUGCUCGUGUAGCGUUAUAUUACACAUAGAACCAACAACGCAAAACCGAAAAAAGAUGAUAGCAACUCGGGUCCCAGCAAUUUUCGGGUUUGGGUCUGUUCUGAUCCUAAUGCUCUGUGGAUUSCCAUCUWGUGCCGCCACAGGGUACACGAUCCCRCAUCGAAACAGUAGCAACAGCAACAAGCGCGUAGAUAGCCAUAGAGUUCUCGAAGAUACUGCUUCCGAAACAUCUAACUACUAUGAUUAUUCAACAAAGAAAUCCAAGAAGGAGAAAAAAAAAUCAUACUACACUUAUUACUCGACAAGCUACUAUUCCCCAAAGAAAGGAAAAUCUUGCAAGGGCUCGAAGGGUUCCAAAAAAAGUUACUACGGCUACAAGUAAGUAUAAUGCUUUGUAGACUUGCAUUGUGAUGUGUCAUGUUGUGUUUGUGUCCUAUUUUUUUGUGCUUUUAGCUAAGAAAAGAAAAGCAGCAAUAAUUGGAGCAGCGACAUCAUCGGGUGUAGUAUGUUUUCAUCAUUCRUAUUUCUCACCUUGUCCAUCUUAUCGCAUGCGUUUUAAUUUCAUGUACCAGCUGCGAGGAAAUAGAGACGCCUACGGAACCUCCCGUUACCGAGACUGAAGUCGGAGAUACCGACGCGGACCAGGAGGAAGAAGUCAUAGAAGUUGAAGUUUCGGAGACCAACAAAAGCGAGAAGAARAGUAAAAAAGACAAGAAGAAAUCGAACAAGAAAGAUAAGAAGGACAAGUCUUAUAAGAGUAAGAAGAGUGASAAGAGUGACAAAAAAGAGAAAGGAAGCAAAUCGAGCAAGGGCAUCAAAAAGGACAAGAGCAUCAAGCAGAGCAAGAAGACUCUUUCUCCCAAGAGCAGCAAAUCGCCGUCGCCAUCUCCUCCAGACGAUGAAGGAUUUACACCAAGUGAAUCUUGGAAAAUCUCAUUUAAUGGUGCCGUCGAUACCGGAUUUCUCUUUUACGAUUCUACCACUAAAUAUGCGUGGUAUGCGUACAACGCCGAUUUUGGCGUCGAUGAAGUUCUUGUAUCGAAAAGUUCCGCAAGUGCUGUGGAUGGCACCGUAUUGGAAAGCCACACAGUAAUAGAGGGGAAAGAUUCUGUCACGAUGGGGCGGAUUUGCCCCAUCGACACCACCAAGAAGGGAGAGGUGAUAGAGACCAUGUGCAUCGAUAUCAAACCCCCUAAGGAGUGGCAGACGGCAACUUCGACCACAAUCCAGAGCGCGGAAGCAUGUUACGCGAGCGUUACCGGUGCUGUAUUCAAACUGGCCGUUGUGGUCAAAGACACUUCGAAAUUUAUGCAAUUCUAUGACGAAUUGGUCGGAGGUCGACUGAUCGUCUACGACAUCUCGCUAGCCGGAAAGGCCCAAGAUCCUAUCAUUGCAGAGGUAGCAUACGAGGGAUGGGAAUCGCUUUACGGGGACCCCACCAUCAAUGGUCGGCCGUCGUUUUCUCCUGAUUGCAGAASAGUUUACUCGACUUGGUUGACCUCUGGAACUGUUAUAACCGAAACCGAAGGCAGCACYGUCAUUAUCAACCUAGAACCAACUGCUACGACUACUGUUGCUAUCAACGUUGAUUCUGUUGCCAACAAUGAGACCACUCCGGAGUUGUGGAGACUSGGUACCAACAGCCGCUUGGCCGGAUUGACUGCCUCGAAAGAUGGAAAGACGUUAUAUUCUGCAAUCAAUGUGGCAGAAGGCGACUCCCUCCGUUCCGGUGGUAUGGUCGCACUGGAAGCUGCGACGGGAAAGAUUGUGCAGCAGUAUGCUUUUCCCAACACUGGGGGAGUGCCUCACAGCGCUUAUACCAAUGUGGUAUUGGACAAUAGCGGUCACACAUACCACGUUGACAGUUUGUAUGGGCUUGUCAAAUUCGAAGGCGAUGAUUUGAACGACGGGCCAAUCUGGAGCGUCAUCGGGAGUGAUACCGAAAUGACGGAUCAAAUCAUUGAGGAAAACACAAUGAAGACACGGCACUUGAAUCCCUUGCGGCCCCGAGACAAAGAAGAAAAGAAUAUUGUAACUGGUGGCGAAGAAAGGASUCAGACCGUCGAAACGAAGUCAUCUGUUGUCGCGGACGAAAUAUUCACAGCGUUCAAACCGGCUUUGGAUGCAUCGAAAUAUUCUACUGUCUAUUCAUGUGGCGGAAGCGCGGUCGACAACGAGGUCGAUAGUUUGAUUGCUCUGGACACGGUGGAAGGAGAAUCUGUGUGGUUUACUGCGCUUGGCAGCAGCGGUGUCAGCAAAGCGGAAACAAAAUCGGUCAGCGGUGACGAGACCGACGUUGUCGACGUUGGUUCGUGCAGCGGAAUCACGGACGACGUCCGCUGGGCUCCUUCGUCCGCGGCAGGACCGGAAAGCGAGGGCAUUUACAUUUCGAGGGGAAAUAAGGUACAGUGCUUGGACGGGAAAAACGGCACUAUUCUGUGGACCUACGACGCAAUGGGGGACCACGACAUUUCGAAGUUUGCGGUUGUUUCUGGCGAAGCAGUCUUGGUGGCAAAUGGGGGCAGCGUCGUUUUCCUGGAAACGAGAGAGCCAACRCCUUCGCCAACCAUAGCACCGUCGCCACUGUUGUCAACMCCAGUGGAAACACCAGUUGUGAAGCCUACAAGAAAACCAACCUCACCAACACCUUCACCGGUGACAGUCAAGCCUAUCGGGAAUCCCGCAUCCCCACCUAGUUCUUCUCCUCCACCGAGCAGCGCUGUUAGAACGAGCUAUUCCAUUGGAUUUCUGUCGGGACUACCACUGCUGCUCUUUUUGUGGCAAUAAUCCUUUAUGGUAGAAGSCCGCUGCCCACUAUUGCGAUCAAGUGAUCAUGGUUUUUGUUUUAAAUGUAUAAUUGAUUGCUUUCUCUAUUUUGGAUAUGGUUAAUGCAGAAAUAAUUUCAUAACGUAUAAUAUAGUUAACAACAUGUG